AUAUCUAGGCUCGCCUACUCUCAAGAUGUACAACCCUCACAUUGUAGGGAGCGGCGCAUAUUUCUCUCUAGCUCAGCCGACUACCGAGGUCACUUAUCUGGAUCCUCUAAGGAACAUCCAACUAUCCCCUCCCAGUCCUCGUGCGAAGGAUGAAUCUCCAGCAAAGAAUAGGCAGAGACAAUGCUUCAACGCGAUUCAGACCAUCAAGCGUGGAUUCGGUGGAAGCUUCAGAGCUCUGUGCGAUAAGCAUCAUGAUGUCUCC